GCCAAAUUGCCUCCUUUAUCACCUGCGGUUCGGAUGUCGCACCAAAAUUAAGGAAAUCUUAAUUUUCAAACCGGCAACGCUGUACCGAUUCAAUAAAAUCGUGUGCGACAUUAGCGUGAAACGUGAAAAAACAUCCCGUUAUGUUGAUAUUGUGCAUUUCAGUUCAUUCUGAAGUUCUCUAGGCCCUUUUCCCGCAAUGAUUAUAUAAACCCACACUUCAUAAGUAAUUCGUAAGAAAAUGGAGACCCAAUUUGCUCUGGAUCCCUAUGAGCAACAGCUGCUGAAAGUUUUUGAUAGUCAUGAUCAAGAUAGAUGUGGUAGUUUAGACAGAGAUGGACUGGCCCAGUUGUGCCAGACAUUACAACUGGAAGAACACAGCCAAGACCUCAUCAGGUGUCUCCUCAAGGAUAACAAAUAUUCAAGAGCCUCAUUCACAGAAUUCAGAGAUGCAUUGUUAGCACUUCUUGGGAACAUGCAGAACAACAAGAAUCAUGCAAAUAAUGGUACAACAGUAAAAGAUGAGCAGAUUAUUAAGGAGCUAGAAAAGGGUUCACCUGAAAGAGAGGUCUCUCCAAAAUACGUGUAUGGCUCCAAAAAAUAUGGUCGCAGGUCCAGACCUAGAAAUGACGAUGUCGGCACGAUUUUCAACGAUCAAAACGAAGUUUCAAACAAAACGCCGGUGCAGAGAUCCAACUCUCAGAUCGAAGUUUCUUACAAAAAGCGAAAGACCAACUACAAGCUUCAACGAUGCACUUCCUUACCGGCAAAUAAUGAUCUCAUGAUAGAUGCUGUUGACACUGGCUUUCCCAGCCAAGGGCUGAAUCAUCAUGGGCAGCUGGUUUGUUCUGAGAAGAUGCUCAGGGAAGCAUGGAAGAAUUUAGGUGUUGGUGACGACGGCUUUCUAAACCAGGAAGAACUAGUGUUGGUUUGCGAUGCCAUAGGGCUUCACAAACUAGCGGAAGGUGUGAUUCGGCAACUGUCGGACAAGUUGUCCUUAGAUUACAACCAUAGGAUCAGUUUUCAAGAGUUGUUGGAGGUGUUGCAGCAAGAUGACACAUGGUAUGAGGUUCUCAAUCCAAACGUUACCACACAACAGGAGGCUGUUACUCACAGGUCAUCCACCGAUAAGCUGUUCCCAGAUUCUCAAACAUUCCAGUUCGUAACUUUGGGACCAGACGGGAACGGUGUGAUCAGCACGGAUGUUCUGAUAGAAAUGUGGGAAAACGUCGGCAUACAUUCUCCAAAAGAGCUGCUCCAUGAAUUAGGUUUCAACGCUAGGACCAUCAAGAUUGCAGAAUUGGCCGAGUUGCUUGAUAAGCAGAUCAAGACCAUGAACGACUCUGCUCGCUCCGAAUACCAAAGUCCUCACAUCACCCUGCUUCAAGCCAGUUUAAGCCUCUACCAAUCUGAGAUCAGGUGCUUCAAAGGCAUUUUAGAGCAGAUGCACGCCGAAAGAGAGAAGCUGAAGCUGGACGUGGUCGAAGCUAACAACAGGGCGACCAUGCUGGCUCAGGAGGUAGACGAUAACCAUUCGAGAAUGGAGCAGAACACGUUGAACCAGGUCAAACUGUUGGAGCAGAGGCAUAAUGAUAUACUCAAGGAGGUAACAGCCCAAUACUCCAAAGACAAAGAACAACUCUCCGUCAUCAACCAAGCUCUAGAAGAAAAAAUCUACACCCUAGAACAAGAGGCAAAUAAACUAAAAAACGACCUCCUUGUUGCCCAAAAAUAUUCAUUAACAGUAGAAAAAGAUAACCAAACGCUGACAGUGCAGAUCAACGAUCUAGAAAGGGACAAGAGUGUUUUGAGCGAGCAGAUUGGAAUUUUGGAGAAUGAGAAGCAGAAGUACAGUGAGAUGGGAAGGGAAGAAAGCAAGGUGUUGUUGGUGAAAUUGAAUUCAUUGCAGACGGAAAAUAGCAUUUUGAAGGACAAGAAUGAUGAGAUGGUGUGCGAGAUUGAGUGUCUUUCAAAUCAGGUGGCCAGUAUGCGUAUGAAAUCCUCCAGCACUCCGACUCGAAGUCCUCACACCCUGGACCACUCCAUGGAGGAAAACAUUUCGAUCAUCUGCGAAGGAGUGGGAGUUGGUGCAAAACGUAGGAAUGACUACUCGCCCAGUAAGGAUGUCACAGCUGAUGGCAGCCCCAGGUUGGGCAAACUCCGCAAAUUCCACCGUCCGAAACCCACCUCGGGUGCAUCCUCCUCUAACCAUCUGGAGGUCCCAUUCGCCUCUAGCGAAAGCGGUUUUGACACCGAGGUCGACGUUUUAGACUCCUCGGUGGCUUCUUCAGCGGACCAUGAUGAGGUCACUAGGUUGCAGGCCAGAGUGGCAUUUUUGGAACAAGUGCUCAGGCAGCAUGGACUACAAGUGGCAGGUGCCGAGGAGCCCGAAACAAAUGGGAUGACCACAGACCUGACCCAGUUGACGGAUCGGGUCAACGAGCUGGAGAACAUCAUUGCCCAAGUGAAGAAGGAGCUGGUCAAAAUAGUGGAUAAAGACUGCGUGUCUGCAAGCAAUAUCAAAAAUGUUGUUCAAAAAUUAGAGCAGACUAUCCAGUGUGAAGAUGUGACUGUCAUUCAGGCCACAAUUGAUGAAGGUAUCCAGACAGAAGGUUUUGUGGAGUCAUUUGAAGAAAAAGUAAGGAAACUAGAAAAAGAGAAUGAGGAGCUCUGUACCAAAUGCAACGAACUAGAAAAUUGCGUCGAACUUUUACGAACAGAAUACGAAAAAUGUGAAGAUUAUUGGCAAAAUAAGGUUGAUGAAGAACGCCAGAUGUUUGAAGCAGAACAAAAAAUAAAUAGCGAUAAACUGGCGGAUUUAAUAGUAAAAAUGAAGGAAUAUGAAGAACAGUACGCUACUCAAGAGUCUCUGGAUUCGAGGUUACCUACCAUAGACGAGACUUAUAACUUAGAAAAACAAUUCACUGAUCUAGAGCAGGAAUUUGAAGAGUACAAAGCACACAGCGAGAACGAAAUUUUCAAAAGGGACGAGGAGAUAGCGUUAUUAAAAGAAAAACUGACAGAACUGGCGUUGAAACAUCAAACAGUAGACUGUGGUGUUCAAGUAUCCCAAGAUGAUGAAGGAAUGCUUUUGAAUAAAAUGCAGAAUUUCUCAAGUUAUGUGGUAGAAAGUACCAAUAGGUCUUCAGAACAAAUGAUGCCUCCGAAUGGGGCUGCUCAAGAGUAUCCGUCCAGGUCUUCAGACUCGACUCCAAUAAAUUGGAGUUUCAACUCUCCUACAAAUACAACUGCAUCCGCCUCAUCUAGUGAUAAAACUUCAACACCGUGUAGGCCUAAAAGAACGAGGAAGCACGACAAGAAUGUGUACAAAAAGAAUCAGGAACCAAAGAAGAUUGAAGAGCAUCAACCUUUGCAGCAAGAGAAGACAGUGACGUUACCAUUAAGUUCGUUCCACAAUUUGACUGCAAGGAAGAAUUAUUUGGAGCAAAGGGUUCGAUAUCUACAAAUGUGUAUCAAACAGCAACAUUACUGUAGUGAACAGACGUUGCAACAUUACUGGCACCAGUUCAAAGGCGAACGCUCGGAACUCCACAACAAAGUCAAGUACCUGCAAGAAAAACUAGACCAACAGAUCAGAAUCGGCAACGAGCAGCUCAGCAAGUUGGAGAGAAACGAUCUUAUGGUCAAAGAACUCUUCAUUGAAAAUUCUUAUUUGGUAGCAAAUGUACAAAGGCUUGAGCAGCAGUGUCACAUGUUAAUAAAGUAUAAUAAUUGUGCUAGCUCAGUAUGAAGUUGGGGAUCAUGAAAAGAAAGACCCUCGAGGCAAGGCUACUUUUAGACGAAUCGAAAACCUCGCAUUCGUAGGAGAAAUUUUCAAAUUCGAUUUUUUUGAUUAUGUUGAAUCACGAUGCACCUUCGCAUGAAUCAAGAGACAGUAAACACGCAAACGCAAACAAAUUACAUUUUUUAACAUUAUUGUUGGGUUGUUUUGAACAAUAAAGCUCCUUGAUAACCGUGAUUGAUUGUUCUUGAGUUAUAUGGGAUUUAAUUGUGUGAACAUCAAUGCUUAAAAACCCUGCUAUAAAUUAUUAUUUUUGAGGUUUUAAGGUGUCUAAAUUACGGAAAUAUUCCGUAUACUAAAGGAACGCGCGAAAAUACCUUCCGAGACCUUGUUGGGGAACGUUCGAAUUCCAGUUUAUACAUUGGUAAUAUCAAAAGUGGCGAUUUGUAAGAGUUUUAAAGCAUUUAGAAUGGCUAUAUUUAGGAUUUUUCAGACCUUAAAUCACAUAUAAUUCGAAAACGGUCAACUUUGCCAAAGCGAAAAAAAUGGCAUCGAGUAAAAUGACUGCACACACACAAGCUUAUAGCUUAGGUGUCUAUUAUUUUGUAGUAAAUUCUUUUGUAGUAAAUUGUAGUACUCUUGUUUCUCUGCUCAACCUUUACGCAAACUUUUUAUUGUUUAAACAACAUAGUUUGACCUUACUCGAAAUAUCCCUCUAUUAUCAUAUUUCAGAUAUUCAUAUUUUAUGUACUCUAUGUUUAUACUUCUGAGUGUUUUUAGUAUGCUUCUGUACUAUUGUUAUGAAUUUUAGAUUUGUUUAUGCAGACACGUAAUUUAGGAUUUGUGACGACAAGAUCCAGACAUUUACCCUUUACGAAAGUAUACAGAAUUUUCACAAUUCAUAUACCGUUACUUGCUGGUUCUAGAUCUGAUGCUAGUAUCUUUGCUCAGAUUUCUGUUGCAAUCUUGGUUAUUCAGGGUAGCAAGAGCAUACAAGCUCAUGUAUUUUUGAAGAUUUUUUUAUUUAAAUUGUACUGAAGGUUGUUUUUAAUUUGUAAGUAAUAUUGGUUUUUGAAUUUGAAUAAACUUUGAAUUUUGAACUUUGAAAAAAAAAAGUUCCGAUGCAACGCUGUCAUCAGUUUAUAAAAGGUUAUGUUUGCAACAACUUACCCCCGAGCGAAAAAAAUUACCUACAAACAUUCAAGUCAUUGAACUGUUUUGUUGGUGGGUCUGUGUCCAUAAAAUUAGUCCCUAGUUCCCACCCAUAUGACAGCAUAGCGAUAUAAGUAUAUCUCACAGCAUUACGGGGAAAUCUGUUGUGAAAUAUGCCGAAUAGGUGUGUAGAACUACUCUGGUUCGAAGCAUAUACUAACUCCAAAAAAUUGACGUAUUUUUUGGAGUUACUUGUUUUUCAAAAACGUGCAUUCACGUCAGAGACGUUGAAAAAUAAAUUUGAACGGUUUGUCUUUCCUUUUUGAACAAUUACCAUAAUAAACAAAAAAAAAUCGAGUUUGGAUCUAUCUCCUACGUUUGCUAGCAAGAUGGUCAUAAGUUGACAAAGUAUUAGUAGUGCUAGUUUUUUAAAGUUCCUUACAGAAUGCAAGGGGAUAUGUUGUGAUUUGUAAAGGGCUGGUUGUAUAGUCGUUCCUUGAGGCCUUCCUGCAAGGAAGCCGUAUUUGCCUUGGCACUUAGGAGUGUUUCCAAAUACCAAACGUGCUCUCUUUCGAUCUAAAGCUUUCAAUUUAUCAAUUAGGAGUUAAUGUCCUUUUCGAGGUUAGCUCAGACGGUAUUUUUGAACUCUGAAGUGAGCCUGCCAUUUACUGAUUUGACAGCAUUGGCUUGGACUGUUGCACUUCGAUUGCAAGACGAACGCCACUAAUAUCUCAGGUCACUUCCAACUAUCAGAGUAUCAUUGCAAAUGAUGUAUCAUCAGAAUAAAGAAGGAAGGUUAAGGAACAAUUAUAGAAAGGGCUCUAAACUUUGAGGCACUAAGAAAACGCUCCUGUGGGCUAGGAUCUGGAUUUACUAGAAAAUGUAGGAAAAUCAAUCUUCACUUGGAGACAAACUUAAGCUAGAAAAAUGCUAUUUACGUUUAAGUAUACAACUUCAUUCAUGAUAUUUUUCACAUCAAUAAAGCUAGUAAAGGCCUUUUAUAAUAUACUGCAAUUUGACGCUAUUUACAAGAUUUUUGGAUAUACCAGUUAUAUGUAUAGUGUAUAUAGUUCCGCCAGAAUAUUUGGUCUCCUAAACUUCCAAUAUAAACGAUAUGCAAGAUUUUAAAGUUGCUUUAUGGUUUACAUAUUUUUAUUAUUUACUUUUUAAUUUCCAAAAAUAAGUUGGUAUGACGGAUUGAGUCUAUUUUUCGAUUUUUGUAGCAUUUAAUUUUUUUUUAAUUAAAUGCAGACAUUCCAAUUACUUUUUAAUCUGUGCCAUUUGAGUUUGACGGUUAUGACAUUAAAAAGUUGAUUGGAGAAGAUUUGAUUAUUUUCAAUGUUUAGGCAUGGAUGAAUAUACGAUCUUUGGGUUUUCAGUGUAUGAAAAAUAGCUUAUUUGAGGCGUCCUUACAUUCAUUUAACCUGGUUGACGUUGGUCAAUGCUGUGACCAAUAACUAGAGAAUGAAAAUGAAAAAUGCGAUGUGAAAUCACAAUUUUAGGUUGACUGUGAAUCUAAGGACAUAAAAUACAAUAAUUUUAUUUUAUUCUUUUGUAUAAGAACUUCCAUGUACUAUGUACAAACCAAAACGCAAAUUUAGGUAAGAAAUGAAAUUUAACGAAUUACAAGUUGAUUAAUCAUUGUGACUAUUUCCCUCAUUUACGUUGAAAGUUUCAGUAAUAUCUAAAAAUCUCUCCCUUUUCUUGGUUCCUUGUUCGAGAUAUGUUUCUAUUCUUACAAACUGCUCAUUUUUGUUUUUUAUCUUGUAUCUCUUUUUUACUAUGCGAGUUAUAAGCCACUUAUUUAAGAAACGAUGGUAUUUUACAAUGACACGACUGACACUAUCUGUGACUGACACUUCGUUGCAGAAGAUCCGCCAAAUGAUCAACUGUUUCCCUUUAACCGGUUGUUAAACGUAUUCCAUAGUACGGCUUCAGGUUCAUGACCGCUGAUAACCAGGUUUUUCUGGGACAUCAUAACCACGAUCUAAAGAACGCGACAAAAACGUUUAUAAGCUAGAAAAAAACUAACAUACAUUAUUAUACUGUAUGAUUCGUGUUUUUUAUACCGAAGCAGCCGCGCAGACAGAAGUCUGAAUACCAGGACACCGCGUUUGCUAUGAGGAUCGCAAAGAAAUUUUGUUAAUCCGAUUUUUGAACUGCCUAAGGUUAGUAGAACUGGGAAAAGCUUCCUCUUGUAAAUUGUUCCACAAUCUCCACACCCUCGGGACAAAGAAGCGGUCGCGUCGGCCAGUUCUGGAUGUACGAAGUUCGACACGGUUAGGAUGGCAGGCCAAAGUCAGGCAGAUCUGUUUGGCAGGCACAUCGCGCGGCGGCAUCAUGGAAGAGAGCUCUGAGGAGUAAAGCCCGUUGGUGUAGCGGUAGAAAGAUCUAGAUCGCCGACGGCCCGUCAGUGCGAAAGGGUAUCGAGACUGUCUGUUAGAGAAGAGUCAUCGAUUAGUCGGACAGCCCUACUCUGGACAGCAUCGAGCAUAAAUAAUGUAGUCGGGGCGGCACCCAAAACGUGUGAGUAAUACUCAAGGCUAUGCCUUAUAUGGGCCUUGUAUAGUGAGAAGGUCAUGCGGAGAAAAGUACUUCUUAGCCGUGAACAGGCUAGGCAGCUUUUUCCCAGCUGCUGCCGCUAUUGACGAGAUGUGUUCGUGCCAGAUCAAGUGUCAAGUUUUUGUUUGUUAAGGUACAGUACAUUAAACUUAUAACAGAAAGCAUAACUCUAUAGCUAUGACCUGUAGUUGUCAGGGUCGGUCUUAGAUCCUUUUUUUGGGGUGGGCUGACUGGAUGUCUUUUGUAUUCAAGAAUUGUUAUUUUUUACAUAGUUGCAGUAAUGUACCGUUGAAAUGCACAAUAAUUUAAUUACAAGGGUAAAUACUGGACCCACUGGCAAAAGGAUAUCUACCGACAUUACGUGAGCAACUGACGCGUUCUUGGUUUCAAUAGGCCAAAUCGAGCUAGUUUCAAACGAUCAUUUUCUACGUUUUGAUCAAGGUCAAAUCGCGGAAUUGUUACAUCAACGUGAAAAUAUGGAAUUUGAAUUGCCCCAUUUGAGGGUGACACAAUUUACACGAACUAUUCGAAAUGUGUUUAUAUGCGAUUAUACAGAUUUUUAAUGACUCUUUUCACGAUAAUAGGUGAAUUUAGAAACACAAAGAGUAUUCAUAUAUUGUUAUACUAGUUACAUAUACAGAUAUUUGUCAAUAUUUCUAGUGAAAGUUAGGCAUGAAGCACGCCAUGGGAGUAUACAUUUUGUUAAUUUUUAAGCAUAUUGUGCCCAAAUAUUAAUGGUUACCUUAAUUUCUUCAUAUGUUCCAAAUAAGCAUGCUAUUCUAUACUAUUUGGAUGGUUUAUUUCCUCAACUUGUCGACUUGCUUAAGCUUGUUUUUGGCGGAGAAUUGAAAUCCUAAAUACCGUAUAUUCACCACCGGUAUUUGACAAAAAGGUCGUUCCAAUAGGUUGUUAAAUAAAGCCAAUAAUUUUGAUAAAUAUGCUUGUUUAUCAGAAUAUAAAAGUACGAGAGUAUAUUUUAUAAAUAAUAUUUUCCAAAUGUCCCCUCUUCUUCGACUAAAAUUUUCAUUAACAUCUUGAUACAGUUAAAGCUCAAUUUCGCCAAUAAGCUUAGAUAUGUUUUGCUCCAGGUCUGCUGAUUGUUAUGAAAUGUCUUAAGGUUCUGGGAAAUUCUUAAAUACCUGUUAGGGGACCUUUUACAUAAUGCUGGAUAUAAAGGGAAUAUUUUUACAUUUGAAAUCUUUAUUUUAGAUCAUAUUUCAACUUGACCUGUAAACUAUUGUUGAGUUUGUGUAUUUUGUGACAGGAGUGACUGAGCAAAAUAUUUGCAGCUAUGAGUUGUUUUUUGUUUAGAUCUGAUUUGACGAUUACUUAAGAAUUGUACAUAUUUUUUUGUCACAGGUUAAAUUUACACGGUAUUGGUUUUUAAGCACUGAUGGAGGCACAAGUGUGAUUUUCAUGUUAAAAAGACUUGAGAUCAAUUUUUGAAAAACAUUAAUUUGUAGCUUCAGGAGUCUGAGGUUGGCAGAUUCAAUGUUUUCGUAGAUUGAUAUUUGAAUAUAUGUAUGUAGGUACGUGUUAAUUUUUUGUUGACGGUUGUUUUGUAGGAUUUAUCAUGUUAUUUUUUUUUCUUAACACAAUCCCAAAGAUUAUGUAUGUUUACUAAUACCUCAAGUGUCAUAUUAUUGAAUAAAUUAUGUAAUAUUA